AUGAACGAAAAACUGAGUAGCAUUAUCAAGUUGAAGAAAUCACAAGCUGGUGUAAAGAAAAGGGCAAACAGCAUAUUUUCAACAAUGUCGGUUGCCCAUGUGGAUGAUGAUGACAUUAUUGGAAAGACAACCAAAAUGCAGGGAGAGAUAAUAUCCAAAGGGCAUAAGAAUUAUGAGCUCAUGCUUAAUUUGCAGCUUGGAAUAAGGACAUUAAGAAAAUUGUUUAAGGUGGAUCCAGCUGAUUAUAUGAUAUCCAUAUGUGGAGAUAAUGCCCUUCGGCUGCUCUCGUCUCCUGGAAAAAGUGGAAGCUUCUUUUACUCGACCAAUGAUGACAAAUACAUGAUUAAGACCAUGAAGAAGUCAGAAGUAAAAGUGUUGACGAGAAUGCUUCAAGCUUAUUACAAUCAUGUUCGAGCCUUCGAGAAUACUUUGGUAACCAAAUUUUUCGGCCUUCAUUGUGUGAAGAUGACUGGACCCGCACACAGGAAGGUGCGGUUUGUUAUAAUGGGAAAUUUGUUUUGCUCCGAGUAUGCCAUUCAUCAACGUUUUGACUUGAAAGGUUCUUCACAUGGUCGUGUAACAGACAAACCUGAAUCUGAAAUUGAUUCAACAACCACUCUCAAGGAUCUUGAUUUGAAUUAUAUCUUCCGAUUGCAGACAUCUUGGUUCCAAGAGUUCUGCAGGCAAGUGGACAAGGACUGUUAUUUUCUCAAGCAGGAGAGAAUUAUGGAUUACAGUCUUCUGGUUGGGAUUCACUUUAUACAAAUAUCACAAACUGGGGAGCCACUAACAACGGAGGCUAGUAUUUCCCCAGUCCAGACUCCUGCUGGGGAUAGAGAUGAAGGUGGUGGAGAAGCAGCUCCAGAACUAUCUAGAUUAGGUAUGAACAUGCCAGCGCGGGCUGAAUUGGCAACAAGAAGAAAUGACAGUGAGCUCGCUAUGGUACCAACGGGGGAGUACUAUGAUGUCAUCUUGAUCUUGGGUAUAAUAGAUAUAUUGCAAGAUUAUGAUAUUAGCAAGAAGCUUGAACACGCAUACAAGUCAUUCCAUUAUGAUCCAACUUCAAUAUCUGCCGUUGACCCCAGCCAGUAUUCGAGGCGUUUCCGUGAUUUCAUCUUCAGAAUAUUCACACAAGACACUACUUGA